CGUCAUUAUUACUUGACGAAUAUGAUUGGAUUGGAUUGGAUUGGAUAUAUAAAACUAUCGUCCUAUCAUCACAUCGCAUUACUUGUAAUGCAAUCAUACACUUGAAUACAAUACAUAGAUCUCCGCAUCGACAAUGGAGGGUUUAAUACGGGGACUAGCCGAUGUAGUGUUCAAUCCUCGUGACGAUGCUGAUGACGAUACUCGCGAUCAACGAUCCAGAUCCACUUGGGCCGAGGUGGUGGGCGGGGAGCAGGAAGAAGAUGACACUAGUCGUAGACCUUCGCGCCACACACAGGCACAGCGGCAGGAGAUGUAUGAUCAAACGGAGCAGCGCCAAUCAGGAAGAAAGGAAGUGUAUGAAUCAGGAGGAUCGCGGCCUACACCCACAACCCAUGAGUAUGGAGACACAAAUGAUGAUGGUUGGGAGACUGUGGGGCAGAAGCGGUCUUCAAAGACGCAGCACAAGGUUCCUAAAAAUCAGUGGAAUAGUUAUAAACGCCCCCUCAGUGAGCAAGAAUAUUCAAGUGAUGUUGAUUAUGGCACAAGCACAGAACCCUCAGAAGAAGAGCUUGCUGAUUUAUCAAAGGCUCUUAACAAGCUGUGGGAUCUUGAUUUGAAUCGCUUAGUUCCUGGGAAGGAUUAUGAGAUUGAUUGUGGUGAAGGAAAGAAGGUUUACCAGAAGGAAGACGUGGCAGAUGCGAGCUUAUUUACCUGGCUGAGUGAUGAUAUCUUCAGGAGGCCUACAUAUUCACGUUUCUGCGCUCUUCUUGAUAAUUAUAAUCCAGAGCAAGGGUGCAAAGAAGUUGUGACUUCUGAAGAGAAGCAAGAGCAGAAAGCAUUCAUAGAAGAGAUCAGCCGAACUGCUGUAAUUAAAUACCUUCACAAGUAUCUGUCAGCAAAGGGCAUUAUAUCUGAGAACCAUGAGGAAUUUAAGAGAAUGCUUGCAAGUUUUUGGUUUGAUCUUUAUGGCCGAGGAGGUACAUCUGGUAGUUCUUCAGCUUUUGAGCAUGUUUUUGUUGGUGAAAUCAAACAACGAGGAGAGCAAGAAGUCUCAGGAUUUCAUAACUGGAUUCAGUUCUACUUAGAGGAGGCUAAGGGGAGGGUCAACUAUCAGGGCUAUAUUUUUCCUCGAAGACGUGGGAGCACGCCGGAUUCUGAAUCGCAUCUACUUACCAUUCAGUUUGAAUGGAAUGGUGUUCUGAAGUCGGUGUCGAGCACACUGGUCGGAGUGAGCCCUGAAUUUGAAUUUGCAAUCUACACUCUGUGCUUCUAUAUGGGACAGGAAGAAAACCAUGUUGAACUUGGUCCAUACCCUGUGAAUAUCAAGUGCUAUCGUCUCGGCAACAAAAUUGGCUCUGCUUUUCCUGUCGCAGAUUCUUAAUUUCAUAUCUUUGGACCUAUCAAAAUGCUUCUACUUUGAGCUUCUUACCAAUUGAAGUAAUGUACUAUACAUUAGAUCUUUAUGAUAUAUAGUACCUAAUUUGUGUGGAAAUAAGUGAGGAUCUAAUGAUGUAUCAUGAGACUAUUUUCUUCAAACCAAACAGUAUACUGUUGGAAUA